CGGCUGAAUCCUCUGGCGCCGGCGCCUGGCGCAGCUCUGGCAGCCGCCGCGGGAGCCCAAGUCCCGGAGGAGCCGUGCCGAGCUCAGCCACCACCGACGAGGGCGGCGUCGCGGCCGGAGCCGCCAUGGCCGAGUUCCCGUCGAAAGUGAGCACGCGGACCAGCAGCCCCGCGCAGGGCGCCGGCGUCUCGGUCUCGACGCUGCGCCCGGACCCGGACUUCGUGCGCUCCAGCUUCGGGGUGCUCAUGCUGCUGCAGCUGGUGCUGGGGCUGCUGGUGUGGGCCCUGAUUGCUGACACCCCAUUCCACCUGUACCCUGCCUACGGCUGGGUGAUGUUCGUCGCUGUUGUCCUCUGGCUGGUGACAAUCGUCUUCUUUGUCCUCUACCUGUUUCAGCUGCACAUGAAGUUGUACAUGGUGCCCUGGCCACUGGCGCUAAUGGUCUUUAAUAUCACUGCCACCGUUCUCUACAUCACUGCCUUCAUCACCUGUUCUGCCGAAGUUGACGUGAAGUUCCUGAGGGGCAGCCGGCCUUAUAACCAGCGCGCAGCUGCCUCUUUCUUCGCCUGUCUGGUGAUGAUCGCCUAUGGAGUGAGUGCUUUCUUCAGCUUCCAGGCCUGGCGAGGAGCAGGCAGCAACGCAGCCACCAGUCAAAUGGCUGGUGGUUAUGCCUAAGCCCCUGAGCUGUGGCCACACCAGUGCAGGGCUGCCUGUGAGCCCGAGGCCCGGGCCCUGUGGGGUCAGCGCAGCUCCCUGCUUAUGGGACAUCAGCUCUCCGGCACUCCUGAGGACGCAGGCCUGAGAUGGUACCCACGUGGGUGUGGUGAGACGGCCUCAUCCCCCUUAUUCAGCAGAAGGUGACGGGGGAUGUGGGGCUUUCUCACCCGCAGUCUUGUUUUGAAGGACCUCAGGCUCCAUGGCUGGGCCCACCCCUCCUACUGAGCUCUAAACGCACUAACAGACUCCAAGCCUGAGCCCCGAGCCACCAUAGGAUAAGCUAACAAGCAACACAGAUACCAUAGUCUGUUUCCAGAGAGCCAAGCCCACCACCCUUGCUUGAGUCGGAGCCGCCCUGGCCCUCCCCCAGGCCCACGCAUCACCCAGCCAGACAGCCUGGUGACUUCCGCAGCUGUGAUCCUCCUGGGGAAACAGUGCCAUUCAUGCAGACUGCAUCCCAGGCUGCUGAUUAAGCCCAAGGGAAGCAGGAGGGAGGGAACAGGACUUUGCCUGGUGAAUUGUCAAAUGGUUGGUGGUGACUGGUUUUUUGUUUUGUUUUUUACAAUUUAAAUAAAGAUGGAGGAACUUA